CUCCAGUAUGUACGUGGUGCGUGAGGGAGUUUUGUUUUUAGCUGGAGCGCUUUGUGUCGGAUGAAUCGUUGGAAAUUGGCGGUUGUGGUAAAGUGAAGGCGGAGCUGGACGAUGAGAGGCCGCUCUCGGCUCUGUCCGUCACUCUGACUCUGUCUCCUCCCCUCCCCGCCUCUGUCCCUCUGCGCGUUUCUCGGGCAGGUCGGGGCGCUGUGUAUAAAAGGAGACAGCAGCAGGCAGUUUGUCAGUGAGCAGCGACCUGAGUGAAGCAGCAUCAUGUCUGGCAGAGGGAAAGGAGGCAAAGGACUGGGCAAAGGCGGAGCCAAGCGGCACCGUAAAGUGCUCCGUGAUAACAUCCAGGGCAUCACCAAACCGGCCAUCCGCCGUCUGGCUCGCCGUGGCGGCGUCAAGCGGAUUUCGGGUCUGAUCUACGAGGAGACCCGCGGGGUGCUGAAGGUUUUCCUGGAGAAUGUGAUCCGGGAUGCGGUCACCUACACUGAACACGCCAAGCGCAAGACGGUCACUGCCAUGGAUGUGGUGUACGCUCUGAAACGCCAGGGCCGCACUCUCUAUGGCUUCGGCGGCUGAAAAACUCCCACCUCCUCCCGAGCACAAAACAAAGGCUCUUCUAAGAGCCACCCACCGCCUCACAGACG